CUCAUAAGUCGGAAACGGUUUAUUUUAUUUGUUGGUAACAAGUCAUUAUCCUUGACGUUUUGUAUUGUACAAACUAGCGUUUUGAGUAUAUAACUUCAUAACUGCAAGUCUAUUUAUAAAAACUGUUGCGUAAUCGAUCGCGCAUUCAAAACUCCCACUUCGCGCACAAGGGAAGUGCCGUCUGAUUAGACGAACUCAAAUCCUGUUCGAGUUCGACCAUGUUGGGUGCAGUGACAAGAGCAACUUCUGGCCUUUUGGCUGGAAAAACUAUCGAAAAAGUCGGCGUUGAGGCCCUAAAAGUUGCCUCCUCGUACAACGCUUCCAGCAGGAACUAUGCAAAAGCAGCUGCGUCCGCAAAGGGCAAUGGCAGAAUCGUCGCUGUUAUUGGUGCUGUCGUAGACGUGCAGUUCGAUGAUGAAUUGCCUCCUAUCCUCAAUGCCUUGGAGGUGGAGAACAGAAGCCCUAGGCUGGUUCUUGAGGUCGCCCAGCACUUGGGAGAAAACACCGUCCGUACCAUUGCCAUGGAUGGUACCGAGGGUCUGGUGCGAGGUCAAAAGGUCAACGAUACCGGAUACCCAAUCCGUAUUCCAGUGGGUGUUGAAACUUUGGGCCGUAUCAUGAACGUCAUCGGUGAGCCCAUCGACGAGAGGGGCCCCAUUCCAACCGACAAGGUGGCGUCCAUCCACGCUGAAGCUCCCGAGUUCGUCGACAUGAGCGUCGAGCAGGAGAUUCUCGUUACUGGCAUCAAGGUGGUAGAUCUUCUUGCCCCUUAUGCUAAGGGUGGUAAGAUUGGUCUGUUUGGUGGUGCUGGUGUAGGCAAGACUGUGUUGAUUAUGGAGCUGAUCAACAAUGUAGCUAAGGCCCAUGGUGGUUACUCAGUAUUUGCUGGUGUAGGAGAACGUACACGUGAAGGUAUUUUUUUCGAUAGAUUGCUGCUGGAGCCAUACAAAAUUACUUACGGUAAUCUUCCGAUUUUAGGUAACGACUUGUACCAUGAAAUGAUUGAAUCCGGAGUCAUCUCGCUGAAGGAUAAGACCUCCAAGGUAGCGCUAGUGUACGGUCAGAUGAACGAGCCCCCAGGCGCCCGUGCUCGUGUAGCUUUGACCGGAUUAACUGUAGCUGAAUAUUUCCGUGAUCAGGAGGGGCAGGAUGUGUUGCUUUUCAUCGACAACAUUUUCAGAUUCACUCAGGCCGGUUCUGAGGUAUCGGCUCUGCUGGGUCGUAUUCCAUCCGCUGUGGGUUACCAGCCAACUUUGGCCACUGACAUGGGUAGCAUGCAAGAACGUAUCACCACCACCAAGAAGGGUUCUAUUACCUCAGUACAGGCCAUCUACGUGCCGGCUGACGACUUGACAGAUCCUGCUCCUGCCACGACAUUCGCUCACUUGGACGCCACCACCGUACUGUCCCGAGCUAUCGCCGAAUUGGGCAUCUACCCCGCCGUCGAUCCUCUCGACUCGACAUCCCGUAUCAUGGACCCCAACAUCAUCGGCGCUGACCAUUACAAAGUCGCGCGUGACGUACAGAAGAUUCUGCAGGAUUACAAAUCGUUGCAGGAUAUUAUCGCCAUCUUGGGUAUGGACGAGUUGUCAGAAGACGACAAACUGACCGUAGCUCGUGCUCGUAAGAUCCAGCGUUUCCUGUCACAGCCUUUCCAGGUAGCUGAGGUUUUCACUGGUCACGCUGGUAAACUUGUACCUCUGGAGGAAACCAUCAAGGGUUUCAAGAAGAUCUUGAAUGGUGAAUUGGACCAUCUGCCAGAAGUAGCAUUCUACAUGGUCGGACCCAUCGAAGAGGUCGUGCAGAAAGCAGAGAAAUUAGCUGAAUCGUCGUAAAUUAAUGCGUACUGUAUUUUAAUUUAUACCAUUCUCAUGUAUGUACAACUCAACGAGAUGUGCUUAGGAAAACCCAACAGCCUGAUAAUUUUUUAUUACAUCAUCUCUUAUUUCCACAGGAAAUUAAAUAAUUGUUAUAUUUUCUUUUAAUUAAAAAAUUAGUAAAACAACAUUGAAGUACGCUUAUUUUUGCAGAUUUUAUCUGCGGAACUUUGACCCUUUUGAAUUCACAUUUUUCAAUUUUUGCGGGUUCUGAUUGAAGUUAUCCUUCCACUCCGACUCUAGUCUCGUCCAAACACCGCCUGAAAAAAGUGUCGUAGUUAUUAUAAAAUAAACAAUAAUUUAAAAUGUGUUACAGUUUCUUUUUAUGGUCGACUUAAAAUUCACUAUAUCUUGAUACAGUAAAUUAUUACGACGUUUUUCUUAUUUAGAAUAUUAAUUUUAUAACAAAUUUUAUUUUUAGAAUGGUUUAAUAAUUUUAUGGUAGAAACUCUCCAUCUCGUUAAAGAACAUUUUUUUAUAAUUUCUGUCGGCCGAAAAUACGAGAGCUGAGCGUGACUUGGCGCUCUCGUGUAGGAGUUCAACGGCCCACCAUCCGAUUCUGUGAAUAGUUUCACACGCAGUGCUGCGCUUUAUCGGGUAGUGGAGAUUUUAAUAAAAAUCGGCCUCCAUUAGUGAGUUUGUUGUCGGAGCCCUUUUUCUCUUGGGGGUUUUAGCCCUAGACAUGACUACACUCGACCAUUGAGCUGGUAAGUGACCAUUUCUCCAAGCCACGUGUUCAUUUAUAAAUAUAAGAUUUUUGUCAAACAGUAUCAAGAUGUCAAGCGACGAGGACAUUUUAAAUAAAUUGUAAGUAUGCAUUGUAAUGCAGGUAUCAUGAUAUUUGCGAAAAAGUAUCAAUUGACAUUUGACACCAUUGCAUUUCAAUGAAAAGGUUGUCAGCCAUAUUUGGAAAAUCUCGGACUACAAUUGAAUGUAAUACAAUAGUUUGAAUAACUUAUGCCUUGGUGUUUUCAAGUA